AUGAGCAAACAAAAAAUUUUGUUUGCUCACAGAGGGAUUAAAUUUUUAUUUCGAAAUUUAAAAAAAUUCUUUUUCGGUGCUAAUAUUAAUUCAAUUCGUAAACUUCAGAAAAAUACAAGCUGUUUAAAUUCAACAGAAUUAGUUAGAGAUUUCAUUGCAAAAAUCAUCACUUAUAUAUCAAUUUUUUCACGCAGAGCGUGAGCUUUGAGCAAAAAUAGGGAUUUUUCCAGCGGUUUUGUUCACUCACACAGAGGAGAGUAA